AUUGAACCGUGGUUUGGGCGACAACAAAAUCGAGUGUUCAGGACACACGGCCUAAAGCACAAGUCUGAGAAUUGGAAAGCUAGCUAAACACGUAGCGUGCACAUUCCCAAUCGCGCGACAGAGCCAUAGGUGUCCCCUUCAAGCACGCGGAGCUUCAGAAACGCACUAUAUACCCCGGCCCGCCCACACAACGUCUCGUCUGCCCAACUUCCACUCUCCUUUCAUUUUGUCUAUACACCAUGGCGCAGAUUCGCGGCACCGCCGGCUACCACCUGGGUAACCAGAGCCCCUUCGGCAAUGGGGGACGCAGCGACAGCACCACCAACGACCCCAGUCCGCUCGACCAGCUGCGCGAACAGACGAACAAGAUUGAGGACUUCUUGGACACGCUUUCGGAGCCUGUAAAGCCGUACCUGCCCGCGAUUGGACGAUUUUUGAUCGUCGUUACCUUCCUCGAAGAUGCGCUGCGCAUAAUGACCCAGUGGAACGACCAGCUCACAUACCUGCAUGACUACAGGCACAUCCCCAGCGGCCUCACCCACCUGUUCCUCAUCGUAAACGUAAUCGCCAUGACCGUCUGCUCCGUCAUGAUCAUUGCACGAAAGAACUCGGAUUACGGCGUUUUUGGCCUCAUUGGCGUGGUGGUUCUACAGGGCCUCGGUUACGGUCUGGUCUUCGACCUGAACUUCUUCCUGCGCAACUUGUCCGUCAUGGGAGGCCUCUUGAUGGUGCUUUCCGACUCGUGGGUCCGCAAGAAGUUCGCCCCGGCUGGCCUCCCGACGCUCGACGAGAAGGACCGCAAGAUGUACUUCCAGCUCGCUGGACGUGUCCUGCUCAUCUUUCUCUUCGUCGGCUUCGUUUUCCGGGGCGACUGGAGCUUCUGGAGGAUCUGCGUUAGCUUGCUCGGAUUUGUCGCUUGUGUCAUGGUCGUCGUUGGUUUCAAGGCCAAGUUCAGCGCCAUCAUGCUUGUUGUCAUUCUCAGCAUCUUCAACCUUCUGGUCAACAACUUCUGGACCCUCCACCCUCACCACCCCCACAAGGACUUCGCCAAGUAUGAUUUCUUCCAGAUCCUCUCUAUUGUCGGUGGUCUCCUCCUCCUGGUCAACAUGGGCCCCGGUCAAUUCUCCGUCGACGAGAAGAAGAAGGUCUACUAGACAACCUCUCGCGUUCCACUACGUUUUACGAACCAGCGUCACGGCAUGCUUGGACGACAUAUGUGAUACCUGAAAUUCAUUUCAUCACAACUAUUCAAUACGAGCAAGGGCGGCAAUCAGGUAUAACCGCCCAAGGAGCAAGCACAGGAUGCAAGAAGGAAUCUGGGAAAAACUUGGGUCAAGCUACUAGCAUGGAGUCAGUGGUAGCGUUGGCUUUGUGUAGAAUCUACUGUCCAGCAGCAGUAUGGCGUUAGCAAUAUGCGCGAGAUUUGGAUUUCUUUGAAAUGAAAUGCAUCGGCCCGUGGGCCGAGAAUUCUAUCAACAC